AGGCGUCCAUCCUGAGCUACGACGGCAGCAUGUAUAUGAAAGUGGUGAUGCCUAGUGUGAUGCACACUGAAGCAGAGGACGUCUCCCUCCGCUUCAAGUCCCAGCGUGCAUUUGGGCUCCUAAUGGCCGCUACCUCCCGGGACUCUGCUGACACGCUCCGUCUCGAGCUGGACAGCGGCCGCGUCAAACUCACGGUCAACCUAGGUAUCGUAUAAAACCGUUAACCGCUAACCCUCUUCUUUUGAGGAGGCAUGUUUAAGGUGUCUCGUAGCAGUUUUUGUGAGUUGUAUUUUUCAUUAUUUCUUUUUUUGUUUUGGUCGAAUACAUCAAAAAAUCUAACACAAACUAAAACUCAUUUUUCAUAAUUUUUGUACAGUAGUUGCAUGGAUUGUAUUUUGUUUUGCUUGGUGUCAUAUACAGUAUUUUCUUGCUUUGUUGCGGUGGUCUCUGUAGAGUAUUUCUAUCUCAUGAAUCUAACACUUAACCACGAUAUCCAUGCUUUCAGGCCACAUCUUUUGAACAGAUCAUAUCACAGUCAUUCUUCAUUAUGAUAUUGACUUGACUGUAGAAAAAGUCACUAAUUGUAACAAAUAGCUCGACCAAUUUCUCAGGCUAGACACUUUCAAUUUAUUACCCUCUGAGGCUCACAAACAUUGUUUCACAUAGGCCUAGCAUAUAGAUAAUACCAUAUACACAUUUAUUACACUAUGGCUUUUAAUAGGUCCUAUUAUUUUAUUUCAACUUUGUAUCUCUUAUGUAACGUACUGAUAACAUCUGGACUUGUUGUUUGGGCUUGUUCUUGUCGUAACUGUGUUUGUUUAUUAUUUCCUGUACUAUUCUUUUUAUUUUGGUUUGGUCCAUAUUAGCAGGCCCAUGGCUCCUCCCAUUAGCACCCCUACAGUAGUGUAGGUGGUAUCUCCCAUGUCGCCUUGUUCAAAGAUGGUACUCACCCCUUCAACGGCCCCUAGCCUGCGGCCCGUCUGGCACACAGCCCGAGCCCACAGCACACAGCUAGCCAGCAAAUAGGAUAGGAUUUAAAAUUCCAAAAAGCACUCGCACAUCUGGUUGCAGCUGUGUGGGAAUAAUGUAAUUACUUCAAAGAAAAGAGAAACCCGCACACUGCUCUUGCUAGUUUAAUUUAUUUUUAUUCAAGCUUACAUGUCAGCCCAAUAUAGGAUAGGAUAGAAGCACCCAAUCUGUAGUACUGACGAACACAUACAUUACCAUACAAUACACAUACAAACACCACCUGUCAACACAUAAUUCCCAUCACACUACUACAGUGAUGACUAUACUUCAGUCAGUUUUAUAUACAUUAUCUUUCCAAUCACUUAUAGUUUGUAACUCAACUUGAUCAACUAUACUGCUCAGUAGACAAUCUGAUUUGGCUGGUUUUGCUCAAACAAACAUAAAUUAAUUCACUACUGCCACUCACACAACUAGUCCUGUGUUAGAGCCAGGUUAGUGGUUAGCUUCUAUGCCACUGUACAGUGCUGGUGCUGACUGGAUCGAUGCUGUUUGCUUCCACUUUUCUGUUGCGGUUGACGGUACAUGACGAGCUGGGUCACAUGGAUCCCAACCCAGAUCACCUGACCAAUCAGACCAAUCACAGGACUAGUCUACUUCCUGUAUCUUCUUUUGGAUGAGAUACCCAUCAUAAAACACUGUUUUGUAGCCUGUAGUAGCCUAAAGUAUACUGCAAGUUGAUUUAUAAAUCAACUGAUGGCUACAGGUGUUGAGUACAAAAUGAAGAUUCCAAAAUACUGGGUUGGUAAAUCGAUGUGGCCAAUGAACUGCAAGCGGACAUUUUGAAAUUGAGAAAACAUGUAAACACAUUUAAAAUAUUUUUCGAAAUAGUUAACAACAACAAGUACUUUAUAGUACGCAUCAGACCUACAAAAUACUGCCAAAAACAAAUAUAAUUAUUUUAAUUUGAUAUAAGUAAUUCUGAUCUUAACUCAAAGAAAGCAUAAUGGUCAAAAUUGGAAUAAGACAUAAUAUCCAAAAUGGCAGCUUGAUGUUGACCAUCAUCAAAAGUUACCAUAACGACCUAAAAUAGCCGCCGACGUCAUGUGACCGUCCCCGGAAGGUGGAGUUUCUGUUCUUGGAUGUCUGCAGCUUUUACCUUGAAGGAUGCGAUUUCAUCUGUCACUUAUUCUCCCCCCAUCUAGACUGUGUCAGGAUAAACUGUAACACCAGUAAGUCACCACUCCACUUGUUGGAGAAUUCUUCUUUAAAUGAAUAUUAUAUAAUGAUGUUUGACAUGAUUUGUGUGGUAUAGAUAGGGUAAUGUGCAGAAGUGCGAUAAGGGAAUUGCAUGGAUAAGGGAUCAGCUAUAGCCGAGAUCAAAGAAUAAGUUAUAAUUGUUUCAAUACAUUAUAGUUAACUUAACUCAACUCAAUUAUCCAACUUUUCUAUAUCUAUUUUGUUAGGUUUUAAUUUUUUUCUCUCAAAAUGUUACAGAAAUUCCCUCCCAUAUGUAAUGGUCCGAGUAUGGGAAUGAUAUUCUCUAUUUGUCUUGACAAUAUAAAUGGUUGAAUGACUUGUACUGAGGUACAGUAUAACUGCUCUUACUCAUAAAGAGGUCUUGAGUCUGACAGAGAGAGGAACAUGUGUUGGUCAUGACAGACAGUUUAUGAAUGUUGCCUGGAGAAUGAAUGUUGAUUUCAACUGAUAUGUGUGCAUGGUGUGUUUGAAACUGUUUAUUUGUGUUUGAGUGUGUGCGUCUGUGUGCAUUUCUCUCUCUCUCUCUCUCUCUCUCGCUCUCUCUGUGUGUGUGUGUGUGUGUGUGUGUGUGUGUGUGUGUGUGUGUGUGUAACUGGGUGUGACAGCCUGUCCCCAAGCUGCAGUUUUAUUUCACGGUAGAUCCCAGUUUGAGUGACAGAUCAGACACACUCAUUCACUCCAAUUACUCUGAUCAAUGUCACUGAUUACACAGAAUACCUAAUGCGGCAGCAGGUAAUGUGUGUAAUGAAACACACACACGAGCGUGCGCACACACACACACACACACACACACACACACACACACCACGUGAACACUGGGGUGGCACACCACAGGCUUGACACGCCCUCUUGUGGAUAGCAGAGGAAUUUGUAUUUGAAGAGACAUUCUCUCUUUGCCCUUGGACCUGUGGACCUGUGAACCUGUAGACCUGUGGACCUGUGGACCUGUGGACCUGUGGACCUAUGGACCUGUGGACCUGUGGACCUGUGGACCUGUGGACCUGUACCUUCUAUGAUUUGUCUGCUUUGUGUAGAGAUGUUCUUUGAAAAAAGUUCCAAGCCCUUUUAUGAGUAACAGCAGUUAUUAUCUUACCAUAUGAGCAGUCAUACGUCCACUGACAGUAGAUUAUUACAUACAAAUAUACUGUAUGUAUUAUUGUAGUUUGGUGUAAUCUGUUCAGAUCUUUUCUCCUCUGUUUUUACUUUAAGCCAAACCAAAUCUUUGAUUUUAGAGUUAGCAAGGUAAAUGCAAAAUGUGCAACCAACCUGCUUUCCUGCAUUCAAGAUCUGAGCUAGAAUCAGUGUCCCAAAAAAUGCUUUCUCAUUCUCUGACCAACAAAUUGGUUAAUGGUAGACUAACCUAAUGUAGCAGGUGUAGAAAGGGGAAACGGAAGUUAGGUUGAAAAUACUGUAUCCCUGAAAACCGCUUUCUGCCAACGCCGCUAAGGGUGCUGGUAGAAUAACCAAGCUCACCCAGAGAAAACAAAGGUUUGGUUUGCGUUGCUGACUAACCCUAACCCUGAACUAACGAACGGUCCUUCUCAGGCAAGGGACCAGAGAUUCUAUAUGCGGGCCAAAAGCUCAAUGAUAAUGACUGGCACUCUGUCAGAGUGGUCCGACGUGGUAAAAACUUCAAACUCACAGUCGACGAAGACAUGGCUGAAGGUACUAUUACUGGUUCUGAUGUGAUGAGAAUAUAUUUUACUAAUGCAAUUUUUUGUACUAAUAAAAGAGGUGAAAUCCUUUGAAAUUCCAAUCCUACCCUUCUCCUCCCUCUUUACCCCUUUUCUCCCCUCCCUUUGUUUUUCCUCUUUCUACACUCUUUCUAUUUCCUCCUUUGCCCCCGCCCUCUCCUCUCUCUCUCUCCUCUCUCUCUCUUCGCUCUCUUCUAUCUCUCUCUCUCUCUCUCUCUCUCUCUCCUCUCUCUCUCUCUCUCUCCCCCUCCCCCCCCCCCCCCCUCUCCAGGCCAGAUGGCAGGCGACCACACCCGUCUGGAGUUCCACAAUGUGGAGACAGGGAUUCUGACAGAGAGACGUUUCGUCUCCUCCUCCCCCUCCUCCUUCAUUGGACACCUGCAGGUAACACUUCCAGGCCUGGCAGGAACACAUUAGAACAUAAAUCAUCAUUUGGCGCCUGGCCAGGCACUGACCUACACAGACAGAAGGGGGUCAGGGGUCAGUACUACUGUUAUAGCCUGAUGACGUCUUCUAGGUUCUCACCCUUAAGAUUUGAACAACUCCUAUCUUCUUGCUUUAACAUUACUUAGGGUGAUAAAAAUAGCUAUCAAUAUUAUUGUCAUUGCUGAGUUAUCGCGAUACCAAAUGUUAUUGUUAUCAUUAUCAUUAGUGUUCCCGAACUCACCUCCACCCACAGGGCCUGAAGUUCAACGGCAUGUUCUACAUUGACAUGUGUAAGAACGGAGACAUCGACUUCUGCGAGCUCAAUGCCCGCUUUGGCAUGCGCUCCAUCAUCGCCGACCCGGUGACCUUCAAAUCCAAGGGCAGCUAUCUGGGCCUGGCCACCCUGCAGGCUUACACCACCAUGCACCUGUUCUUCCAGUUUAAAACCACCUCCCCGGACGGCUUCAUACUGUUCAACAGCGGAGACGGAAACGACUUUAUCGCUGUUGAGCUGGUCAAAGGGUGAGGCACUAGUCAUAUGGAUGACUACCAUUAUUCUCUCACCUAGCUUUGUUGGCUGAGUGUUCAGAGGAGAGUGAGUGCUCUCUUGUUGUCUCUACCACUGCUUGUGCACACACUCCCCUUCCUCAAUGGAGUAGGCACUCCAUCUCAGUAACGUCUCCUACACUCACACACUUCAACUGAGUCCACAGAUUUUUUGGGUAGGCACGCUAAUGGACACACACAGGCUGAAGGGGCCUCUCUGAGGCGGGUCCCAAAGUACAGAGAUAAAGAAGGGCCCUAGUAGGGAAGUGCACUUAGAAGUACUGAAGUGUGCAUCCUUAUCCCUUGUCCUCUUGGGGCAUGUCACAAAGUACAGAAGAAAAGAACCCUUAGGGAAGUGCACUUAUAAGUACUGAAGUAUGCGAUCCUGUCCCCUCCCAUGGACACACACACACACACACACAAGCUGAAGUGUCCACUCUUAGGCCAUAUCCCAAAGUACAGCGGAGAAGAAGGGCCCUUAGUGAAAGGAAGUACUAGGAGUACUGAAGUAUGCAUUUGUGUCCCCUUGUCUCAUCCCUCUGUAGGUUUGUCCACUAUGUGUUUGACCUGGGGAAUGGUCCCAGUCUGUUGAAGGGGAACAGUGAGAGUGCCCUGAAUGACAACCAGUGGCACAACGUAGUCAUCACCAGGGACGCCUCCAACACACACACCCUCAAGGUGGAUGCCAAGUCUGUUACACAGAACGUCAACGGAGCCAAGAACCUCGACCUCAAAGGUAACAAGAAAUACACCAAUAAACAUACUCUCAUGCACUUUCUCACACCGUUCUAAGGUAGUAAACACACAUGAAGUCUAUCUGUACUAGAGAUAUACUUUUCAGUAAAAACCAAGCAGUCAGCCUCUAUAUAUCCUUCCAUCAUAGAGACAUAAACACUGUCAAUCCAAUGUUUAUACUACUGUAGCAUACCACUUAGAAUGUGUGUCCAAUACAUGCCUCAUUCUAAGUGAUGCUAGUGUGGAUAUUGGAACGUAGCUGCUGUUUUGACAGUGUUUGUGUUUACUCAGGUUGUUUGGUGAUUUGACUGAACAAACUCAUUAUAGUUGUGUAAUGACUGGAUUAUCCUCUAUUCUCAGAAAUGGUGUUGACACACUCUGACCUCAACAACCUUCAUCCUUCAUUUGUUAAUCAACUCACCCCCCCCCUCUCUCUCUCUCUCUCUCUCCCUCCCUCCCUCCCUCCCUCCCUCCCUCCCUCCAGGUGAUCUGUUUGUGGCAGGGCUGGGGCCCAACAUGUACCAGAACCUUCCUAAACUGGUGGUCUCUAGGGAAGGUUUCCAGGGUUGUCUGGCGUCUGUAGAUCUGAACGGCCAUCUGCCUGACCUCAUCAACGACGCCCUGUUCCGCUCCGGACAGAUCGAACGCGGAUGUGACGGUACGACCCAUGACCUAUGACCCCUAUGCCAAAUGAACCCAUAUAUUGUGGAUGCGUCCAGUUCCAAAUCGACCCCUAGCACCCUAGAUGACUAGAUCUUUACCCUCUAUUAAUUGCUAUACUAUCCUCCUUGCCCACUCACACCUUCUGACCAUCAAGUCCUUCAGCCCAGUUCAUUUAUGGCCACUUAGGGUCCCAGCCUAGUUGUGGACUGCAGUGGUUCCCAACCAGGGGUACUUGGCCUAUCCACAGGGGGUACUUGAGAAAACUCAUGAGACCAUAAGCUUAAUGGUAAAAUGCACAUGAGGGGGUACUUCAGGGUUACUCCGGGCAGAGCAAAAUUCAGUUGGUGGUACAGUAACCAAAAAAGGUUGGGAACCACUGGUGGACUGUAGUAAAAUAAUAGACUGGGUCACUGCAUCUACCACUAGGUGGUGCCAAAGUAUCAGUAUUCAAACUAAGCUUGUUCUCUCACAGGACAUUCCUGAACACACACAAUGACUCACACCCACCAAAAUCUAUAAGCUUGAUCACUUUUUCUACCAUACCCCUUUUUCUGCAAUCUAACAGAUGAACACUAAUUAACCACUUAACAUAACAAUGUGAAGUACUUGCCUUUAUAGUCACUAUACUUACCAAUACCUCUACUACACCUGAUACUCAAACUAACCCUAUGGUCCCUCACUAACCUGACUCUGUUGUUUUUCCGCUUCUUUCUGUUCUGUUUGUUGUUUUUCUGCGCUAACAAAGUUGGUUUCACCAAAGCCGACUUGCAAGGUAGAAGGUUCAACUCUCAACGCUUCUCUGAGGCGUGGCUGAAAGAAUGCUGUGUGCAAUGCAUUGUGGGUGUAGCUCUCUGAAAGUGGCGGGAGAAAUGUUGGAGAGAGUGAGAGAGACAGAGAGGGAGCAAAAGAGAGAGACUGAGAGGGAGAGUUAGUGAGAGAAUCUAAAAGAGAGAGACUGAGAGGGAGAGCUAGUGAGAGAAUCUAAAAGAGAGAGGCUGAGAGGGAGAGCUAGUGAGAGAAUCCAAAAGAGAGACAGAUAUAAAGAGAUAGCUAGGGAAAUAGAGACAUUGAAAGAGAGGAGGUGAGAAACCAUCACAGAGAAGCCCAUCCAUUAUCAAACAUAAGGUCAAUUUCCAGGCCCAGGGCUGUAGUACUGUAAUUAUGUUGUCCUACUCGUAGUUGCUGUCUGCCUAUGGCCGUGGCACCGACCAGCCCAAUCCUUAUGGUAAUCAUGCUCUGCUCGGGCCGUCCAACCAUCCAUCAGACACAGACCCAGAGUAGUCUAUUCAAGUUUGAACAGAAAUUAAACUUGUGUUCAUGCUUCCAUGGAAGUGGUCCAGGAGAGUAGGGAUGAUUACUGAAAUGGAAGUGGUCCAGCCAGUGUGUAGCAUCAGAGUUGUAAUUAAAUAGGUAGAGGAUAUUACAUGUAGGGUGUGUGUAUAUAUAUAUCAGAAUAUAUCCUACUAUACUGAGACACUGAUGGGCAGUUAUGAUGGGCAGUCAGUUGGGACAGAGGAAGCAGCCAAUAGCAUCACAUACCUGCUGCUGAGCUUUAACCAAGGAUAGUUUCAGGGGGUUCAGAGGUUGCUCAUAAAUAGAUAUACCCAGAGUUAUGUAUACCUGUCUCUACAUAUCAAAGUAAAUGACUCAGAUAUGAAAAGUUGAGAUAUACAGAAAAGUAUAGCAAAUCCUGCAACUGCACAUCAACCAUGCUGUUGAGGCCAUCUCUCAGCCAAUCUCUCUCUCUCUCUCUCAUCCCUGUAAUACUCCCUCCUUUCUCUGGUGAAAUGAGAAAGUGCUGUUACAGAGAGUGAGUCUUCCGAUUCAGACAGGGUCGUGUGACUGAAUACCAUCACUGCAUUAUACAGUAAAGGCACUUUCAGCCAGCAACUAUACUUCUUCUUCUUCUUCUGUUCCACCUCCAAUGUCUUCUCUUUUAUCACAUAUCCUCUUGCAUAAGACCAUUGCACUUAAAUUACUGUUUGUUUGCAGUUGUUUAUUUUUGGGGUUUCUGUUUUAUCUUUUCAUUUAUUUUAAUUUUUUAUAUUUUCUCUUUGGAGGUUUUUGAUAAGGUUUUGUAUGUUAUUUGUUUGAAUCCCGACGGAUUUUCUCUAUAUACAUAUAAUGCACUGUUCUUGUUUGCAUUCCCUCUUAGAAAAGUAUUCAAAAGUGUGAGAUACCGUAUGUGUGGUGGUGGUUGGUGGAGAAUGGUACACACACAUCCUGUUUGACUUUGAAUACCCCUUCGACUGUCUCAACGGAGUGCAUACUCAGGGAUAUGCACUACUGUACUUGCACACUCUGAAGUGUUCACUUGUUAUUGUUCUUGUUUUAAUUUCUGUGUGUCUUAGAUUUAUGGUGUUGUAAGUCUAUAGUGUUUCUCUUUAUUGUAAUGUUUCACUUCCUGGAAAAAGACGUGUCGUUUUUGAUCGUUUUCUGAGGAGGGUGGGAACAUUUGUUCUUUCUGUGACUCCUGUACAGUAUCUGUUUUCGUAAGCCAAGGUAAUCUAUUUCUCUUUUCUGUUCUUGCCUGUUCAUAAUGGUUCAUAAGCAGUGUUAAAACACACAAAGAGGGAAUGCUGUGUUUUCUUUCUCCAAACGUUGAGACGUCCUAUAGGAACGAUACGGCCCGCAUGACCCCCACUUACUCUUCCACACAAAGUGCACUGCUGCAUGGUACCUCCAAUGAUGGAGCUCAGUGGCACCCCCUGUGGUUACUCCACACCUUUACACCCUGUCUGUUCCUCCAGGACCCAGCACUACCUGUCAGGAAGACUCCUGUGCCAACAUGGGCGUUUGUAUUCAACAGUGGGAGAACUUCACCUGUGACUGCACCAUGACAUCGUACACAGGGACACAGUGCAACGAC